GUAAUACAAGAUCAUACCACAUGUGCGCUAACUUUAUUUUGCAAUUCACUGGAAAUACCUUGUAGUCGGGUCAAAUUGAACCGAGCAGGUCGACAAUCAAUUUCUCGUAAUCAGGAUCAACCCGACCUGAAUAGCAGAUGAGAUUAGUCUUGGUCAAAUUGGUUGGUACACCUCGGCCAGCUAUAAUUUCUGCAUGAAGAAUUCGAUCGACCAAAUCAUCUGAUUGACUGAUCAAGGAAGCCAUGAGCUCGAAUCUUUCUGCUCCAUCGAGCAACCUCUUCGCCUCCAUAGACAUGGGGACCAACUCCUUCAAGCUCCUCAUCGUCCGGGCCUUCCCCGACGGCGUCUUCUUCCCCGUCCACCGCCGCAAGGAGGCCGUCGUGCUCGGCCGCGACGCCGCCGCCGGCGCCAUCUCCCCGCAGUCCCGGGCCCGAGCCAUGGAGUCCCUCAGUAGCUUCGCCCGAAUCCUCCAGGCCCACAGCGUGGUCCCUGCCCACACUGCCUGCUUCGCCACUUCGGCGGUCCGCGAGGCCGAGAACCGGGACGAAUUCGUCGCCGCCGCGAAGGAGGCUCUGGGGCUGGGGUUCGAUGUCAGCGUCCUGUCGGGCGAGGAGGAAGCCGAGCUCGCGUACAAGGGCGUGAUCCAGUUCCUCCCCGUGUAUGAGAAAUUGGUGCUGAAUGUUGACAUCGGAGGCGGGUCUACUGAGUUUGCCAUUGGGAAGCAGGGGAGAGUUCUCUACUGCGCUUCGCUGAAGUUAGGGCACGUGAGUCUGACCCAAGAAUUUGUCAGGCAUGGUGAAUUGCUAGACCUCAGGGAGCACAUCAGAUCGACUAUUCUUAAAUCUGGGCUUGUGGACAAGGUGGAGCAUUUCGGGUUCGAAGUAGCCGUCGGCUCCUCGGGCACGAUUCGUGAGCUUGAAGAGGCAGAAUUCCAUGGGUUCGCGUGGGAUUCUUUUGAUGGUAUGCCUCCACAUGGGGCUGUCAAGAGGGAGUGGAGAUUGAGCAGGAAAGGGCUUACAGGAAUUGUUGAGGCUCUGUGCCAUGGAGGAGAGGAAUGGAGGGGGAAGAAAGAUCGCCUUUUUGGGAAGAGAUCGGAGUUCAUAGUGGCAGGGGCAGUGCUGCUGGGUGAGAUAUUCGAAAUACUUGGGAUUGAGGAGAUGGAGGUUUCUAAAUAUGCCUUGGGAGAGGCUGCCAUUGCAGAUACUUUAUCGAAGGUUUAUUUGGGCUGUGAUCUGAACGCGAAUGUGAGGUGGCGAUCUGUUGUUCAUUUCGCGACGAGGCUUAAUAGCAAGAAACGGAUGAGAGCUGCUGCGCAAUGUGCUGGCAUUGCAAGGGAGAUCUUUGAAGGGGUGAAAAAAGAAUACGAGCUUUCCACAAAGGAUCUGGAGUACCUCGAAGCUGCUUGCUUGCUUCACAACACCGGGCUCUUUAAUGGUAGAAAGGGUUAUCAUAAGCAGUCAUAUCAUAUAAUCAUGAAUUCCGAUCAACUUCAUGGUUACGAGUUUCAGGAGGUCAAGUUCAUAGCGCUGCUUGCAAAACAUCACCGAAAAAAGUUCCCAAAACCUGAUCAUUCUUCGUUGCAAGCGUUGCCUGAAGAAAUGAAGUCCAAAUUCCGCUUUCUGUGCACGAUCAUUCGUGUUUCUGUUGCAUUACAGCAACAGGAUUCCCCUAAUUAUCAAAAACUGGGAAUCUUAGAUGCUGCUGAAGGUCUCGAACUGUUGCAUAGCGACAUAAAGGAUCGGAAUUCAUUGAUGGAAAUGAUUCAUCCACCCGAGGACCCCGAAACAGAAGUACUAAGACAUGAGCUGGUGAACUUCAGAAAGGUGUUCAACCAAGACCUCGCCGCCAUGGUGAUGUCAGGAACAGCGGGGUGCUCAUGAACAUAACAAUCGGUAAGAGCCUCCUCGUUAAUGUCAUCUGACCUGUAGAUCAAGAUUCUCCAUCGGCACUUCUAAAUUCAGGGAAUCCUGAAUAUCUAUUUCUGGAAAGAACAACAUUCAGGGCCAUGAGUUCUGAAGUAACGAGAUAAAAUUCAACACCAAUGAUGUCACUGUUCCAAAAACAACCUCUCUAUAUUUGUCUCCUUCCUCAUAUUCUCCUAUUAAAGGACCCAUUUUAUCUGAAUGCCUCUCAACUCAUCAAAGUUUGAAGCUCUUUCCUUCUCUCCUGCGCACCCUCUUGCCACCCAUUUCUGGAGAGUGAGAGAGAUGGGGUCAAAACUUCCGAUGGAGGUGACGGUGAAGGACGUGAGAGGGGCCCAAAUGUAUGUGGGGUGGUCGCAGUACAGGUCACGCGAGCUUCCAACUCCGGCCCCACAGCGCCAACGCAAAGUGGCCAUGCCCUUUGAGAAGCCGUGGUGGAGUGACCCGGAGACGAAGCGUAUGAGGGUGGCCCGGUAUAAGCUCUAUGAUGCCGAAUUCAGGUUCAAGGCUUCAAUGAAGAACGGGUUGUGCUGGCUCAAGAGACAAUGCACCUGGGUUAGGUGAUCGGCGUCCGGCAGUUCAUCUGCAGAAUGUUCGCGCCACUUUCUACUUGCUUUCUUUUGAGCUUAUUCUUCUAGUUGUAAUUUUGCAGUCGUUUUGAUUCGGUAUCCUGACCUGAUGAUGUAUAUAAACGCGAUUGAAGGAAUUCAUAUCGACUAGGUAACACACUUUUAGGAUCUCUGUUCGUAUAA